AUGAUUUUUCGAAGGAUUGUAUCUGCAAUAGACUUUAAAUCUACCAAAAGGGUUUUGAUAGAUAGUAGUAUGCUAUUUGUGGAUAAGUCUCACGCUAAAUCGAUUAGUAGUGGUAAUAGUGAAUUAUCAACCUCCAUUGGUCCAUAA